AACAGAUUAAUUUGCGUCUCAUCUUCCAAACUGUAAUGAUGUUGCUUCCACUGAAGCAAAUCCUCUUUGCACUGCUUGGUGGUUUUUCUCUUAUACUCCUAGUCCAUGCCCAGGAUGAUCAAUCAGGCUUCAUCAGCAUAGAUUGCGGCCGAACUCAAAACUCCAGCUACACUGAAAAGACAACAGGCAUCAACUACAUUUCUGACACAGGCUUCAUAGACACCGGUGAAAGUAAGCUCGUUUUGCGUGAUGUAAAAUAUAAUUAUCAACAGCCAUACUGGGGUGUCAGGAGCUUUCCUGAAGGAAUCAGGAACUGCUACAAGAUCAAUGUUACAAGUGGGGACAGAUAUUUGAUCAGAGCAAGUUUCGUGUAUGGGAACUAUGAUGGCAAGGAUGAACUACCAACAUUCCUCCUUCAUCUUGGAACAAAUUUGUGGGAUUCAGUGAAGGUGGAGAAUGUAUCCCAUUCCAUACACAAGGAGCUCAUCCAUGACCCUCUCCGAAAUUAUAUCCAUGUUUGUCUGGUGAACAAUGGAUCCGGGGUUCCGUUUAUAUCAACAAUAGAACUGAGGCCUUUGCCGAAUAGUACUUAUCAAACACAAACAGGGUCCUUGGCACUUUACAGACGACUGGACACAGGUCAAAUAGCACCUAAUCUAACUGCAUAUAGGUAUCCAUUCGAUAUGCAUGAUCGAUUCUGGUACAGUCAUAGCCGAGAAGAUUGGACACAAUUAAGUACCGCAUCGACCAUUGACCUCAAUCAAAACGACUUUUACCAGCCAGCAUCUGAUGUUAUGCGUACUGCUGCCACGCCGAAACUUGCAACUGAUGACUUGAGUUUCUUCUGGCUGCCUGCUGAUGAAAAUGCAGAAUAUUAUGUUUACAUGCACUUUGCAGAAAUUGAAGAACUCUCAGCUAACCAGUCUAGACAGCUUGAAAUUACCAUGAACGGAGAACUGUUUUAUGGACCAUUUGCUCCUGGUUACUUGGAGACAUUUACUGUUUGGAGCACUCAGGCAAUGAGUGGAGGACAAUACAACUUUUCAGUCAUAAAGGGAGCUGGCAACUCUGACCUUCAACCUAUCCUUAAUGCCAUCGAGAUUUAUACAGUAAAAGAAUUCUCAGAACAAGAAACAAACCAAGAUGAUGUGAAUGCAAUCACAAAUAUCAAGGUAGCAUAUAAAAUUGAGAAGAAUUGGCAAGGAGAUCCAUGUUUCCCAAAGAAUUACUCAUGGGAAGGUCUAAACUGUAGCAAUUCUCCAAAUGAUUCACCGAGAAUCAUAUACUUGGACUUGUCAUCGAGUGGAUUAACAGGGGAAAUAGAUGCUUCUGUACGGAAUCUCGAAAUGAUACAGACUUUGGACCUGUCUAACAACAACUUAACAGGACCAAUUCCGGACUUUUUGUCUCAAAUGUCAAAUUUAAAUGUCCUAAACUUGGAGAACAACAAGCUCACAGGCUCAGUUCCAAAUGAACUUAAUGAAAGAGCGAAAAAUGGUUUACUAUCAUUAAGUUUGUGCGACAAUCCAAAUCUAUCUGGAAAUGUUUCUUGCAAAAAAAAGAAGCAGAGUUUCGUUAUUCCCAUAAUAGGGUCAAUCAUCGGCAUUUCAAUCCUCUUAUUAAUUGUAGCAAUUAUCUUCUGGCACCUGAAAAGGAAAAGACAGCAUGGAGCUGUUUUGGGGGCAAAACCCCCCAGUGGGUCAGUGGAACUUGGGCCAACACGACGACAGUUCACAUACUCAGAGAUCCUCAAGAUCACUAACAAUAGACAAAGGAUUCUUGGCAAAGGUGGGUUUGGAACUGUUUAUCAUGGCUACAUAGAUGACAACACUCAAGUAGCUAUCAAGCUGCUUUCGUCAUCCUCAAGUCGAGGGCUUGAACAAUUCCACGCAGAGGUUAAUCUUCUUAUGAGGGUUCAUCAUACAAACUUGACUAGCCUUAUAGGAUAUUGUGAUGAUGAAAACAACAAAGGACUCGUUUAUGAGUACAUGGCCAGGGGAAACUUACAAGAAUAUCUUUCAGAUAAAAGUUCAAAUGUCUUGACUUGGGACGGUAGACUUCAAGUAGCAACAGACGCUGCACAAGGAUUGGAGUAUCUACACUAUGCUUGUAAACCUCCUAUGAUCCAUAGGGAUGUGAAAACAACAAACAUCUUGCUAUCAAAAAAUUUCCAAGCCAAACUCUCUGAUUUUGGCCUCUCUAGAAAUUUCCCUGCAGGCGAUGGGACUCAUAUAGUUACAGGUGUUGCUGGAACCCCUGGCUACCUAGCACCCGAGUAUAAACAACUAAACAGGUUCAAUGAGAAGAGUGACGUCUAUAGCUUUGGGGUUGUACUGCUGGAGAUUAUCACAGGUAGACCUGCUGUUUCGAGGACACGAGAGAGAAUCGCCAUCAAUGAAUGGGUUGGAUCAAUCAUUCCAAAAGGAGACAUUGACACUAUUGUGGAUCCGAGGUUAAAAGGAAUAUUCAAUGUCAGCUCUGCCUGGAAAGUAGUGGAAAUAGCAAUGGCAUGUGUCUCUCCAGAGGCCAAUAAAAGGCCAACCAUGAGUAAAGUUGUUGGAGAACUGAAGCAGUGUCUGGAAACACAACUGUCUCAAAGAAACCAGAGGAAUUCCUUUGAGAUUGUGUCUCACAAUGGUUAUUCGAUCACUAUGCUACGUCCCUCAGUUAGAUAGCCGCGGUAGUAAUCUUAUGUAAAAUAAUGGGAAUUGGAAUUUGAUAUUUCAACCCUUCAGAUUAGCCCUUGUUGUGUAAUAUUGAUACUGUGUAGAUUGCAACUAUCUCAUAGUCAGAAGGUGCAUCUUUUUGUGCAUAUGCAAGAACUUUGAUAAA